GCCGCGCAUCCUCAUCGCUGACGCCGACUCCAGCCACCCCCAUCCAUGGCGCUCGCCGCCGCCGCCGCCACCUUCCGCCCUCGCCUCGCCGUCACCGCCUCCGACACCACGGACACCCGCCGCCGCCACUGGAAGGCCGGCGAGUUCCCCUUCCCCACCUCCUCCCCCGACGCGCCCCGCCGCCGCACCAGCAAGCCCGCACCGGAGGAAGAGCGGGAUAGCAGCGGCAGCAGAGGCGGGCGCAAACACUGGAAGGCAGGCGAGUUCCCCGCCACGACGCCCGACGGCGAACCCAGCCGGCGCCGGAGGACACCCAUCAAGAACGUCAAGAAGCGGCUGGACGCCCGCGCGGACGCCAAGGCGUGGGCCUGCACCGUCACCGAGGCCCUCGCCGACCGCAUCGCCGCCAAGAAUUGGCAAGAAGCUCUUCAGGUGUUCGAGAUGCUCAAGGAGCAGCCUUUCUACCAUCCCAAGGAGGGCACCUUCAUGAAGCUCCUGCUGCUGCUGGGCAGGUCGGGCCAGCCAUCCCGCGCACGCAGCCUCUUCGAAGAAAUGCUGAGCCAAGGAUGCAACCCCACGCCGGAGCUCUACACGGCCCUGAUCGCCGCCUACUGCAGGAACGGCCUCCUCGACGACGCCUUCCGCCUUCUCGACGACAUGAAGGCCUCCCCGCUCUGCCAGCCUGAUGUCUAUACCUACAGCACCAUCAUCAAGGCCUGCGUCGACGACUCGCGAUUUGACAUGGUUGAUGCUUUGUAUAGAGAGAUGGCCGACCGCGGCAUCGCGCCCAACACCGUCACGCAGAACAUUGUUCUUAGUGGGUAUGGCAGGGCCGGGAGGUUGGAUGACAUGGAGAAAGUACUCUCCGCGAUGCUCGAAAGCAGAACUAGCAAGCCGGAUGUCUGGACUAUGAACAUUAUCUUGAGCCUGUUUGGUAACAGGGGUCAGGUUGAAUUGAUGGAGAAGUGGUAUGAGAAAUUCCGAGGCUAUGGGAUCGAGCCGGAGACUCGGACACUCAACAUUCUCAUUGGUGCAUAUGGGAAGAAGCGGAUGUAUGACAAGAUGUCUGCAGUGAUGGAGUACAUGCGCAAGCUAGCGUUUCCAUGGACAACCGCGACAUUCAACAACGUGAUCGAGGCAUUCGCUGAGUCAGCCGAUGCAAAAAACAUGGAGCACACAUUUAACCAGAUGCGUGCAGAGGGAAUGAAGCCAGAUACCAAGACCUUCUGUUGUCUCAUAAACGGGUUUAGCAACGCUGGUCUUUUUCAUAAGGUGGUCGGCAUGGUUAAGCUGGCUGAGAGGCUUGAUGUGCCAAUGGACACAUCUUUCCAUAAUGCUGUUCUUGCGGCAUGCGCAAAAGCAGAUGAUUUGAUGGAGAUGGAGAGGGUCUUCAGGCACAUGAAGCAAAUACAAUGUGUCCCAGAUGCUACAACAUACUCCGUCUUGGUGGAGGCUUAUCGGAAAGAAGGAAUGACUGACAAGAUCUAUGGUUUGCAACAGGAGAACCCAAGUUUGGUUCCAACUGACCUUGUCCAUGUGUAGCAACAGACCUUAAGUGGCAUGAUGAUAAGUAUUUAUUUUUCAGCGAGCACCAAGCCUCAGUUUGUUUCUCAUGAUUAACUGUUUUGCUAGCUGUAAAAAUGUAAACAUGAGAUGCUCAUUUUGGGUGUUUGGUGCUGUGGAGUGUCUCCAGGAGAAAGAUAGAUCUGAGUUAGCACUUAAUCAGGGAGACAAAGUUGCUCAAGGCCGGAAAUAGGGAAAUUCUCGUUCAGAGAACAGGAUUAUUGGAAGCUAGGAAGAAGCAUCUUCAGACUUCCGGUGUUAUAUAAUUGCUGUACCCUCACAUCACAUCUUAUGUGCAGCAAACGCUGCAAAACCAAUCCCAAAUAUCCAGCUCAUGAUCGAGGAAGGUGACAGUUCAAGAAUUAUCCAGGACGACAUCAUUAAGACAAUCAACAUGCAUCCCAAUGCUGGCUAGAUGUCUGCAUAGAGUUCAAACUUUGCAAACUAUACUGUAAAUAACAGCACCCUCCUGUUGUUGUUAGUAUUGCAUACAUCUAAACAUUUAUCUAGCUUUUAUUUAGCGGCCUCAAAAUAAUCCCCCUAUUUUGUUCAAAAAUAAUAAUAAAUAUUCAUCUUGUAAAAAUUGCGCAAUUUAAACAUAUCCUUGA